GAAAGAUUGAAACUUAAAUUAAUGUUACAUUGAAAAACCACUGGUACUACAACCAAAGAAAAGAAAACCCAUCAUAAAUAUUCUAUUUUCUUUCAUUAAAAGCUUGUCUAGAGAAAUUGGUAGCUUCGUCUUCUUCGGAUCCAGAUCUGGGUAUAGAGAAAGAGUUGUGAUAUUAUUAGUACUAUUACUCCUCCCAAAUCCAAAUUAUUAAGAUGCCGAGCAGUGAUCAUCAUCAUCAACAACAAGAACAUCAGGUGGAUCAUCAUCAUCCACAGCAGCAGCAGCAGCUUUCGAAGCAGUCUUUCAGAAUGAUCAAACAGGACGACAAGUUCUUCUCCAGGCUGUUAUCCAAGGAUACCUCACAGCCAAACUCGUCUUGCAGAGUCUACUACGGCGAGGCAGCUGGCGCCAUCCCAUUCGUCUGGGAGUCACAGCCAGGUACUCCUAAGCACACCUUCGAAUCAAACACUCUCCCUCCUCUAACACCACCUCCUUCCUAUUCUACCUCCGCCACUACUUGUUCCAAAUCCAAAGUAUCCAAGCCAAGAUCACUUCUUCUCCUCAUCAUGAGUACUACUACAACGUUAAUCUUCUCCAAGAUUAAUAAGUCAGCCAAGACGUCGACCGCCGCCGCCGGACAUAACCAGCUGUCUCAACCCUCUUCGUCAUCGUUCUCGUCGUCCUCGUCUUCUUCGUCCUAUUCAUCUUGGUCGAUUUCCUCGUCCAGUUAUAACUCUGCUUCUUCAACUACUAAGCAGAAAGCAUUGCUUCAAAACCGACGUCGUUUCUUUGGUUCGAAAUUUCCAACGUCGCCGUCGUCCUCUUUUGAUUACGUGGCGGCGGAGUAUAAGGACGAUGCGGCGUCUAAAUCUCCUACUUCGGCUUUGUGUUUUCCUACUAUGAGAAAGAAAAACCAUUGGAACCGUGUUUCGGUCAGCUAUGUCAGGUCUUCAAACCUAGGCCACCGGGAUUAAUUAAAGAUUAUUACUACAUAUAUAGUACUACGACUAUCACAACUGGUUAGUGUUUUUGUUGGGUACUUAAGUAUAUUUAAUUUGCUAGCUAGCUAGCUAAAAUCAACAUUGCAGGUAUGCUUCUGCUAUAAUAAGUAUCAUGUAUACUUGGCUAGCUCGAUCGAUUGGAAGACAAAAAAAUUAAAUGGUAAUUAUUAAUUAAUCUGUUCACUUCACAUGUUACUCCUUUAUAGAAUAUUAUUAUUGUCAUAUCUUAUGAUGAUAAUAAUGUGAACCAAUUAAUCUUCGAAUGUUCUUGUACAUUUUAGUUAUUUAUUUUCAAGUGAAAUAUAAUGAAUUUGGUCGGAAUAAAUACAUUUGGGGAUAUUUCAAUUUA